ACGGCUCUCCAAAAACUUGAACUCCGGACAACUUGAGAGUAUUUCUUCAACCAUUCACCCCAGAGUCAAUACCAACCAAGUACUUCAACUCCAUGACAAGUACUAGUCGAGAGGACUUACCUCCCGCUCCCUCCCACAAGCUGCCACUUCCCAACUUUUCCUGUGGCCGCGACGACGUUGCUCUUUGGGACCCGUCACAGAUUCCCGUGUACGGCUAUGGUUAUGUCCUCGACGACAAGUGGCUCAUCGACUUUCACGCCAAUGAAAUCAGGGGUCAAGAUCAUUUAUUACCCAUUCAGAAGACUCUGUCCGCUAUGAGCUUGAUAGCGACGCGUCUACAUUCGAUGGGUACUUAUUUCGUUCUCAUCAAGGAGGAACCCAGGGAAUGGGCUACCUGUUUCGUUUCUGGUUUGAAUUUCAACAAGACGAGAGCGUUGGACACAACACGCGUCGAGAAGCUCAAACGCGCUAUCGGCACGGAUGAAGAGCCGAAGUGGUAUCCUGUCCACUGUUCUGACGACCAUUGAGAUACCAAUGCUUAUCCUCUAGACACAUCCUUCGUACCACGCACUUAGGUGGACGAUAACUCCUCCAUUACUCCGAGUUCAUAUCUUGAUACCCCAUCUUUUUUGACCGUCCUUUGUAUACUAUUUGUUUUCGAAUGAGUUUCGUGUACUCAAAGAUAGGAUCUAUACUCACAUGUCAAUGAGUCGCACAAAUGAAGAGAUACCAUACUA